CUCCUUUCACACCCAGAAAUGAAGUGAGUCUACAUUUCUCGGACACAUUCAUUCUUUUACACCAUUGUUUCUUGAAUUUAGAGUCGGCUGCUCAUUCUUAAGAGUUGACACUCAAUGGCUUCGCUCGGAAUCGCAGUUGCUCUGUUCUGCCACGUUUUGAUCUUCUCGGUCACUGGUGCGGAUUCGGCGACAUUCACCAUAGUCAACUCGUGCAGCUUCACGGUCUGGCCGGGGAUCCUCUCCGGCGCCGGAACCGCUCCGCUCUCCACCACCGGCUUCGCCCUCGACCCCGGCGCGUCCACCUCGGUGACCGUCCCUGCCUCCUGGUCCGGCCGCCUCUGGGGCCGCACCUUGUGCUCCCAGGACCCCGCCACCGGCAAGUUCGCCUGCCUCACCGGCGACUGCGGCUCCUCCGCCCUGGAGUGCUCCGGCGCCGGCGCCACCCCUCCCGCCACCCUCGCCGAGUUCACGCUCAACGGCGCCGGCGGGCUCGACUUCUACGACGUCAGCCUGGUCGACGGGUACAACCUCCCGAUGCUGGUGGUGCCGCAGGGCGACGCCGCCUCCGGGGCGGGGAACUGCACCGCGACGGGGUGCGCGGCGGACCUGAACGUGGGGUGCCCGCAGGAGCUGAAGGUGACGAGCGCCGGGAGCGAGGGCGGGGUGGCGUGCAAGAGCGCGUGCGGCGCGUUCGGGGACCCGCAGUACUGCUGCAGCGGCGCCUACGGGUCGCCGGACACGUGCAGGCCGAGCCAGUACUCGGAGUUCUUCAAGACGGCGUGCCCGAAGGCCUACAGCUACGCCUACGACGACGGCACCAGCACCUUCACCUGCGCCUCGGCGGAUUACGAGAUCACAUUUUGCCCGACACCGUCCACGAGUGUCAAGGCGGCGGGCGGUGAGUACGCGAUGUUGGCGGCGGAGGUGUCGGGCAGUGGCGCCUCGUCGUUGUGGACGCCGUCGCUAUCGGCCGUCGCUGUCGGCGUUUCGGCGACAGUAUGGCAGUUGGGGCAGCUGUUCUGAUUUGGAAAGAAAGGAAAAUCUUCGUCGCCUCCAGCGGUGGCUGUUGACAGUGGGCGCACCUCUCUCUCUCUCUCCUCUCUAUAUCUCAAGUGGGUGUAGGACUCAACGAGCGGCCCGGAAUGGAGAGAAGAAAAUCUCAGGAGGUCAACGCGUUGCUUCACGAGGGACGCGAAUCUCUGAGCAAAAAUAUUUCCUGGAAAAGUGAUGUUUUCUCGGGAAAUUUUCCGGAGGGUCGAAGUCAGCUGCGGGCUGGCAAGGGAUUGUAGGGCCUUGCACAACGACCAGCGUUAGCUGGAAAAUUUUAGAUUGGGCAAUAAACUUAGGAUUGUUUUGGUAAUUAAUUUAAUACAGCGAAAAAUUUAAAAUUGAAUUGUCGUCCGUACGAUAA